GCAUCGGCAUUCUAGAGAGAUGAAGUCGCAAUCGUUGUUGGCUUGCUUGUUUUGGCUGCUGCUGUGUGACUGCUUUCUGGUCGGCGAGGGCACUCAGGCGGGCAAGGACAUGUGGUUGCGUCCCGGCUGCCACAAGGUGGGAAAUACGCGUAAAAUCUCAAUACCAGAUUGUGUGGAAUUCAAUAUUACAACCAAUGCCUGUCGCGGAUUCUGUGAGUCAUAUGCGGUGCCGUCGAUACAAAUGGCAUUAACUGGGUCAUUCAGACCGCCCAAACCGGUGGUAUCUGUGGGUCAAUGCUGCAACAUGAUGAAAUCCGAGGAGAUACAACGUCGUGUCUUGUGCCUCGGCGGCAUGCGCACUCUGACCUUUAAGAGCGCCCUUUCUUGCAGCUGUUAUCACUGCAAAAAGGAUUAGAGAACUCUUCGCAAACUGGUAUAUUCUAUGUAAAUCUAUUGCCUGAGCCACUUUAGUUGUUUACAAUAAAUAA